AUGGAGAGAAAUAGCUGCGUGGAAGUUGAGCCGGACGAGCUCGAGCUCCGCCUCGGCCUCCGGCGCUGCAGCGACCCGCCGCCGCCCUACUCUACGGGCUUUGAUCGCCGGAAUGGCUUCGUGGACUUACCCAGUUCCGAUGAGCGCGGUGGGCAAAUCACCAUCUUCUACGACGGUCAGGUUUCUGUAUGCACCAUCACCGACUUGCAGGCAAAAGCCAUAAUGGAAAUGGCGAAGAAUGAGAUGAAUAGAAGCAUGGGGGCGAACAAGAAUGGGAAACAAGAAGAGGAAAAGGAGUCGUCUUUGCCUGGAGAGGCCACCACCGUGGAGUCGCAGCUGCUGAAUCCUGGGCUAUCCAUGAAGAGAUCGUUGCAGAGAUUUCUUCAGAAGAGGAAAACGAGAAUGGCAGAUCUCUCCUGCCCUUACGGCAAAAUACAAAAGCCAUUGCAACUCUUCUCCUCUUCAUCGUAG